AUGGUUCGUGUGCUCAAGGCCGCGAUCGCGCUCGCCCUAACAUUUGCCGGCCCGGGCCUCUGCCACGGCUCUCUCAAGAGCAUCCAGGUCAGCGGCAAGGACUACUUGGCAUGGCAGGUGGGACAGGAUGACUUUGUCACACCCGCGCCGGCCCGAUACGCCCGCCGACUAUUAGACGUUGGUCCGGUGCCCGACUUCACCGGACCGGAUAUUACGUGUGGCGCUGGUGGUAAUAUACCAGCCGAAGGUGUCAUUGAACUCAAGGCCGGCGACAAGGUCUACCUCGCCCAUUGCACAAACGACGACUGCAAAACCUUUAAAGGCAACGAAGGCAACGUAUGGGUCAAGAUCUCCGAGCUCGGCUUCAACGCCGCCGCCCAGCCCCAGUGGGCCUCGGACCUCCUCCGCGAGCUCGGCGCCCAAUGGUCCGUCGUCAUCCCCCACGCUGGCCCCGGGCGAAUACCUCCUGCGCCACGAGAUCCUCGGUCUCCACGUGGCCGAAAAGGCCAUGGGCGCCCAGUUCUACCCGAGCUGCACGCAGAUUCGCGUGACGGAGGGUGGCUCUUCUCAAUUGCCCGAAGGCGUGGCGUUGCCGGGCGCAUUCUGGUUGCGCUUUGGAAAGUGAACCAAGGGCAGCAAAAGUAUGUGGCACCGGGUGGGCCUGUUUGGAGCGAGGCCGCCCCGGAUCCAAACCGAGCUGGUCCGGUCACCGUGGGAUGGAUUGCCCCUAUGGCGCUGGAGCUCGCACCCGUCAUCGCCCUCCUCGAAAAUUACACCAAGAUACCUAUCGACGGGGAUGAGACCAUGUAUCAUGUUGGAAAGAUCUGGGAUCACUGGGUAGUGGCUGCGGUCUGCCCAAUGAUUGAAGUCUCCACUGAGCUCUCAGAAGUUACUCGAGAUUGUAUGAAGUCUCUGGCCUUUGAGAGGAUGCUUGAUCGAUCGAAUGAUGUCGAACGUGCCGCGCCUGGAACUUGCGAGUGGCUUCUGCGUCACCAACAAUACAAUGCCUGGACGACUGCUCCUGGCGAUCUUGGUCUCCUUUGGAUUAAAGGGAAGCCGGGAUCAGGAAAGUCUACCUUGCUGAAACACGCCCUUAGCCAGGUUAUACCUCAGGAGAAAGACCUGGUUCUUCAGUUCUUUUUCCAUGGCCGUGGCGACCCUCUACAGAAGAGCCUCCUUGGAUUCUUUCGGUCCAUCUUACAUCAGAUCCUCAGAAUCAGUCCUCAGGCGAUACCCCAGUUAAUAUCCAUGUUUGAAAAGAAUCAGAGGGAUAUUGGUGAUGUUGGUAAGAAAUGGGACUGGCACAUAAACCACUUGAAACACUUUGUCGAGUCAUCUCUACCCAAGCUCCUCGAAACCUACACUAUAUGGUUGUACGUGGAUGCUCUAGACGAGUGUGGCGAAGACAAUGCAGUCGAGUUGUUUGAUUGGCUUCAGAACCAAUCGCAAAGUGCACAUCUCCGAGUUUUCAUCACCUGCCGCCAUUACCCCAUUCUUGACCCAGAUUGCACCGUAUUCCAGAUCUGCUCAGAGGAUGAAAACGAAAACGAUAUCUCGAGCUAUAUACAAAGGCAAUUCUCGAAAUCACCAACACUGAUGAAAUCGCAGAUACCCGAUAUGAUUGCCAGGCGAGCCCGUGGAGUGUUCAUGUGGGCCCAUCUUGUAGUGAAGAAGGCGAAAGAUCUAGCUCGACAACGCCUGCCUCUACAAAGAAUUGAGAAGGAGAUCUCUCGCACACCUGCCGAACUAGAUGACCUCUAUAACGACCUUAUCGCCGAUAUGGAUGACGAAUCUCUGAAGCUUAUCCGUUGGGUUUGCUUUGCUGAGCAUCCGUUUACUCUUGAUGUAAUGCGCUGGGCCUUGGCAAUCGAUCCUGAAUCUGAUUAUCGGUCGCUAAAAGAAUACCAGGAUCAAGGAAUGGUGUAUGAGCUGGAGGAUAUGGAAACACAAGUCAUGCGCCUCAGCCGCGGUCUCGCUGAGGUGGCAUCAUUCAAGAGCAAAUACGGAGUAUUAUCGCGAGGUACCGGGAUCGUACAAUUUAUCCACCAAUCUGUCAAGGACUACUUUUAG